GUUCAUUAUUCUAUAUGGUUCCGUCACAGAUUUGAGUCCAACAAAUAUCCGUAAAUCCGUAUUUGCGUAUUCUCAAUUUUACAAUUUUCAUUUCAAAUUCAGUCACGUUCGUACUAUUAUUCCUCUAAAAUGUGUUCAUUUUCAUUACAAAUUGUGUCUCAGUCUCAUCUCCCAGUAGUCUGCCGUUUUCACCGGUGGUUUCCGUCUUUCUCUGUGCUUUUAUCCUGAGAAGUGAUUGGCAUGAGUUUCAGCUAGAAUAUGUACAGUAAGGCCUCACUCCCUCAAAUUAUUGACUUAUUAUUUAACUCUGAAAGAAUCAUGUGACUGAUUUUUAUAUCACAUUCAACUCAUGAAGAAAUUUAGAUAGAACGCUUGUGGACUAUCUUCUUAAAUUAGUUGUUUAAGUCAGUUGCGUUUUCUUUGCUAAACCAUGUUUCUGCUAAUUCGCACGAACUGCCUAACAAUAACAUUAUACCAUGAGUAGAUUCCUGCCGGUAUUUUAAAUCAAGUUAAUACCUCUCAUCUCUGGUUUGCUUACGGAUUUAGUCAUGGCCGGAAGAAAGAACAAGUCUGUGGAUAGUUUCUACUUCAAAACACCUCGCAAUGAAAGAUUUUCAGAAAUGACCAAGCAAGAGCAGCUUAUUGCGCAGAAAAAGCUUGAAAUCCAGAGAAAGUUAGAAGAAAGAAAGCGUUCAGAGACAGCUGAAGCAUUAAAGAAACUCAAUGAGCCGCCUGCCCAGAAACCAAAAGCCACCUCUCCCAUCGUAGGCGCAAGGAAAUCAACUAACCAAAGUUGCUCUACAAAUGCCUCCAGCAAUAUCUUUUCUAAUGAUGGAAGUUUCCUGGAACAGUUUAAAAAGAUGGUCAAUGAAAAUGUUGAUAAAGAAAAAGACGAAAAAUCUACAGAGAAAAGUAAUGGCCCACAAAAUACAUCAGAUGGAAUCAUUGAAGAUAAUCUGAGCCAACCUAUGGGAGAAUCUCCAUCAAAAGACUACGUUGAGGAACGUAAUCAUAAAAAGCCCAAUGAUCACAAUAAUAAGUAUGAUGACUACAGAAGAAAUGACUAUCGAUGGAAUGAAAAUCGGCGGAAUGAUGAGAACAAAAAAAGUGAUGACUUCAAAAGAGAUGACAAAUUCAGAAGAAAUGAAGACAGUAGACGAAAUGAUGAUUGCUGGCGGGCAGAUGACAAUAGGCGUAAUGACAGAAACUAUGAUCAUGGAGAUCGCCGGAGGAGGUUUGAAAAUGAUCGCCUUGAUAACAGAAAUCGCAGAUAUGAUCGGGAUAGAAUGAGACAUGAUAGCGACAGAGACAGGCGGUAUGAUAAUUAUGAUGACUACAAUCACAGUAGACGCUAUGAUCGAUAUGAUUCCCAGAAAAAUUACUAUGAUGAUAAUGAUCAGUCAAGAAGAAAUAGUUGGGACAACUCGCCCUCUUUUAAUGAAAAUAAAUAUAGCUGUAAUAACUCAGAACGAAUUGAACGAAAUGUUCCACCAUGGGAAUCUAAUGCCUUAAAGAAUCAGCAACAACAACAAUCUCUAGCUAAUUCUUCCAUUAUUCAGUAUCAGCCAACCAUGACGGUUCCUGUAUCAUCCAUUAUUCUAUCAUCUACUGUGCCUGUACCUGUUUCAAUAACAACCUAUGUUUCUAGUUUGCCUGUCACACUUCCGACUGAUUCAGUAACGUAUCCAUCUGUCCAAAUUCAGCCUGACACAACUGUACCUGUAAUUACACAACAAAUUCCAAUCCAACAGCAGCCAAGUCUCAUUUUACAGCCAAUAAAUCAGCAGCAGGUUUCUAUCAAUCAGCCAUCAUCUGGGACAUCUAUAGCACUAUCACAAACUCCAACCUUAGCUCAUGUAGCUCAGCCAGCUUCCAUGACACAUGUACCGCAGCCCUCUACCCUGAUAACGGUACCGCAGUCUUGCCCAGUGUCGUCUAUGCAGCAGUCCUCAACACUGACCCCUGUCCCUCCACCUGUAUUAAAUGCAGCAGCUCCCUCUAUGAAUACCCUCUCUGUACAACCUGGUACGCAAGUUGUCCAGCAGUGUCAGGGCACACUUAUUUCCCAACCACCCCCUCUGUCCCAAACAUCUGUUCAGCCCUCCUCUUUGCUUCCUCAAACUUCAAUGCAAGUCCAGCAGUUCUCCACUUCAAACUCUAUCUUAUCUCAUUCCAUUCCUCCAUCCAACAAUAUGAAUCCUCAUCCUGUACCUCCUCCUUCUCCUCUAAACCCACACUCAUUACCCCCUCCUUCAUCUUUGAACCCAAACCCUCAUGCUGUUCCUCCACCAUCAUCUAUGAAUUCUCAUUCAGCACCCCCACCCUCAUCUCUAAACCCUCACCCUCAUUCAGUCCUGCCCCCAUCCUCUAUGACCUCUCAUCCUGUUCUUCCUCCAUCAUCCAUGAAUUCCCACUCUGCUCCAUCAUCGGCACUAAAUCCGCAUCCUCUCCUUCCUACAUCCUCUUUAACACCUGCAGGUGCACCUCCUUCCUCCCCUAUGCCCCAUUCAGUGCCAGCGUCCUCAAUGAGCGGUCUGGCUGGGCCUCAUCCUAUCCCACCCCCCUCUCUCAAUCCACAUCCUGUACCACCCCCUUCCUCCAUCAAUCCUCAUCCAGUACCUCCACCUCCGGCUGUUAAUCCACUUUCAAUACCACCUCAAUCGUCAAUGAAUCUUCUCUCAGUUGGAGGGCAGCCUUCAAUGAGUCCUCUGUCAGCUCCACAAUCAACCAAUGUUUCAACCCAGUCUAUGAAUUCUCACUCUCUGAAUCCUCAAAAUGCUCUAGGCUCCUUACCAGCUCCCUCCAUGGGCGCACCCACCUCUAUACCUCCCCCUAUUUCAUACCCCAUCACCUCCAUGCCUCCGAUUGGAACACAGUUGGCAUCUGGUCCACCACCGUCAGGACCCACCUCUGCACAAAAUUCAAUCCAGUCGGUACCUCCGCCACCAAUGCAACCAACACAGCAAGCAGUUUUCAACCAGCAGACAGGUGUCGUUCCUGAUAUGUCCGUCCCUCCACCAGUCGUCAUGUCUGACAACAGUCCAUUAAAAGCGAACAAAAUUGAGAAUCCUGGAGCUCACAGAUCCGCUGAAAUGGAGCAAAUUGCAGUGAUCGUUGCUCAGCAAGGUGAUGGAAUGGAGGAAGUUUUGCUUCAAGAAAACCAGCAUGAUCCUAAUUACUGGUUUCUUCAAGACAAGCAAAGCUAUGGGUAUCAAGAAUUCCGCCAGCUUGUUGAAAAGUUGCGUUCCAAUCCACUCAGAAGCAACCCCAUCAAAGUGGAGCAAUCAGAGUAUGAAGAAAGUAGUGAAUAUUGUGGAAUAGUCAUAAAAAAAGAGGCUCUGUCUGAAAACAGUUUAAAAAGAGAAUCCGAUGAUAAAGCUGAUAGAAAUGAAAGGAAAAAGAAAAGGCGUAGUCGAUGGGCACCCGAAGACUGCAAAGUCAAUUUAUCCACACCAACUCUACUUCCCACGGGUGCAGUUCCACCUCCAACUUUAACUCCCAUUAUCAACACUAAAGAUUUACCUGGUGUUUCCGGUGCAAUGAUUAGCCAAGUGCAGCGAAGGGAUCCAGCUUUAUUACAGUAUGCCAGACAGUCCUUUGGUACCAUAAACUUGUCGGAAGAGGAUUGGAAGAAGUGUGAAGAUCAUUAUAAGAUAAACCUCCUGUAUCAAGAUAUGUUGCGAAAAAGAGAAGAAAUUGAGAAACUUCGAGCAGCCGGCAAAUUCAAGUAUGAAUAUGACAGUGAUGAAGAAACUGAAGGAGGCACGUGGGAGCACAAGCUUCGUCGCGAUGAGAUGGUCGCUACACAGCUAUGGGCAGAUGAACUGACAGAAAAAGCGAAGGGAAAACAUCACAUAGGUGAUUUUCUUCCUCCGGAUGAAUUAGAAAGAUUCAUGGAGAAGUAUAAUGCACUGAAAGAAGGACGAGAACCAGAUCUCUCAGACUAUAAAGAAUUCAAGUUGAGGGAAGACAACAUCGGUUUUCAAAUGCUGCAAAAACUUGGCUGGAGUGAAGGCAAGGGUCUUGGCUCUGAUGGAAGUGGCAUAGUUGAUCCUGUCAAUAAGGCUUCAAGUAGAAUGGAAAAUCAAGGCCUUGGUGUGGAAAAACCAGCCGAAGUAAACAGAGGUGAUGAUGAAUACGAUGCAUACAGGAAAAGAAUGAUGUUGGCCUACAGAUUCCGGCCUAAUCCCUUGAAUAAUCCGAGGAGACCUUAUUAUUAAGGUGAUGAGUUACUCUAAUGUAAAGAGCUCAACUCAAAUUUGUAUAAAGUAUGAAGAAUUUUGUUUUGAUUUUACAGUUGUUGUUUUAAUUUUAUGAAAAUCGAAUUUGUAGAAUAAAUUUAAGUUUUAUGCACAAA